AUGUACAGCAUGAUGGAACACGAGUUGAAGCCCGGAGGCGGGCAGCCGUUGCACCACGCGGCGCAAGGGAUGUCACCCGCCCCGCCGGGCAGCAUGACGCCCGGCAACGGCGUGGCGCACCCGGGCUCCAAAACCGGCCUAACCGGUGCAGGAGGAGGCGACCCCAUGGAUAAGGUGAAGCGACCUAUGAACGCCUUCAUGGUGUGGUCGCGCGGUCAAAGGCGCAAGAUGGCUCAGGAGAACCCCAAAAUGCACAACUCAGAGAUCAGCAAGCGGCUGGGGGCCGAGUGGAAGCUGCUGAGCGACGCCGAGAAGCGACCCUUCAUCGACGAGGCCAAGAGGCUGCGCGCGGUGCAUAUGAAGGAGUACCCGGACUACAAGUACAAGCCACGCCGCAAGAGCAAGCCCGUGCUCAAGAAGGACGCGCAGGUGGCCAAAUACCCGCUGGCCGCCGCGGGGAACCUGCUGCAGGUGGCGGCGCAGGGUCAAAACGCCAGCCCCAGGAUGGAGAGCUACGGGUGGGGACCCGCGGGGGGCUACGCCGGCAUGCAGGGCGACGCGCUGGGCUACACGCAGCAGUUGCACCGCUACGACCUGUCGGCCCUCCAGUAUCCACCCGCCAUGGCUGCGGCGCAGACCUACAUGAACGGAAACAACUCCUACAGCCCGAUGUCGUACAGCGGCAGCCCCCAGCAGCCCAGCCCGGUCCCCAUGUCCAUGGUGAAAGCGGAAUCCGUGUCCCACUCGCCCCCGACGCCCACCCACCACCGAGGGCCCCUGCAGGGGGACCUGCGCGACAUGAUCAGCAUGUACAUCCCUGGGGGCGGCGAUGCCGGCGGUGGCGGCGGCGACCCAGCGGCAGCCGCCAGGGGCUAUGGGGGCGUCCAGCAGCACUACCUCGCCGGCACCGUCCCCCUAACGCACAUCUAG